AUGGCGAACUCUGUACCUUCUGGACCUCUGCCCAUCACUUCUGUAAAUCACAUAUCUCUUGUCUGCAAAUCCCUUGAGGACUCCAUUAAUUUCUAUCAGAAUCUGCUAGGUUUUUCUCAGGUUAAGAGGCCCGGAGCUUUUGAUUUUAAUGGAGCCUGGCUGUUCAAUUAUGGAAUCGGCAUACACCUGAUUGAAUGCAAACACCCGGAGAGUUUGCCCAAGAAAUCAGAAAUCGAUCCAAGGGACAAUCAUUUAUCUUUUCAGACUGAGAGUAUGGCAGCAGUGGAGAAGAAACUAGAGGAUCUGAAGAUCAGGUAUGUGAAGAGUAGAGUAGAAGAAGGUGGGGUUUACAUGGACCAAAUAUUCAUGCAUGACCCAGAUGGAUUCAUGAUAGAGAUGUGCAAUUGUGAGAAUUUGUCCUCGGUACUUCUGCCUCUGUGA